UUUUUCCCUUUUUUUAAAAAAUUAUUUAAGGUCUGCAUAUUCAUCAAAUCAUUCUAUUUGCAUAUAAUUCAUUCUACUAAUCACGUUUUAAAAUCUACACUAAACUGACACUGUACUAACUUAAAGGAAAGGUGAUUCUACACAGGGCUACUUUUUGAGCAAUGUGUCUGGGCAACAAAACUAUAAAAUGUUGUUUGGACAGUUUAUCACUAAAUCACUUAAAUGAGUAGAACUUGGAUCAGCAGCAGACAACUUAUUUUUAUCAUUCCAUCGAAAACUUUGGAGCUAACCAUGUUGUUGCCAAGCAACAUUGCUCAAAAAAUUGCCCCGUGUAUCAAUGCCUGUAGGUUAUACAUGGUGGGCAGAGUAGGUAUUGCAACUAUACAGCCUGUUGCAACUGUGCUUAAAUGGGAUAUUUUCCAGAAUGUUUAAUUUUUAUUAACCUUGUAUUUAUUAGUUGACAAAAAUGUCUACUGGAAAUUCAAAAUGAAUACUUAAUGUCAUGGUGCUGGUAAAGAUUUGUGAAAAAGGUAACAUUUGUGAAUGGGCAGCAUACAUUAAGGAAACUAACUUCUAAAAGAAUAACAUGAUCUACCUCAAAUGGGAUAAACUGUGUGACUGGACUAACCUAGAGGGGUGACAUGCUGUGACAAUGGACUAACAGACGGGGACACUGAUGGAAUAAAAGGGGCACGGACACAAUGUUAGACUGACUUAAAAGGGCACUGAUAGACCUUAUUACAACUCUAAGCUGUCAUUUCAUCAGUACACACGGUGGUUGUGAAUGUGAAUUAGUAAUUUUUAUCUUUCUCUGUCUCCUUUUAUUCUCCUCCAACCCAGGUUUUGACUCCAGCUUCCUGAACUUCACUGACCGUCAGGGCAUCUACAUAAACACAUCUUGAGAUCCAACUUAAAAGUAUGGCCACUCCCAUCCGACUCCUCAUCUUGUUGAGUGACGAAAGCGCAGAGAGGAUGGAAUUAUCAAGGAUGCCGGACACAGUUGAGGAGCUCAUUGAACAGGUCAAAAACGAAUGCAAACUUUGUGGAGACAUCAGGCUGCAAUACAAGGAUGAUGACUUUGGUGGAAUCUUUGUUAACUUGAGCUCAACCUCUAUGAUCAAAGAUCUCACUACAAUCAAGAUCAUACAAGCUGCUCCUGAUAUUGUUCUGAGUUUCGUUGAAAGUGUCCCAUCUGAUUUGAGUGACUUAGACACAAGCCUUGUCUCACAAAACACUGAUACAGAUGACACAAUCAUACUCAGCCGCAGCUCCUCUGACAGUGAGGGACUAAGAAAAGAGCCAUGGCCAAAGGAGUUCAUUAUCCCGCCCUUCUCCCUUGAAACAGAAGGUCAACUUCAGAGGGGGAAUUCAGAAUAUGCACAUAACCAAACCAGACUGACUCCUUCAUCAAAAAUGUUGUCCGACAUACUGGAAAGAUUGGCAGAGAAGAUUUUUUCCUACAAGGCGUACCCCACUGAUGCAGACCUGAGUGAUGUUGCAGAGGCUCUGACGAGGAAACAUCCCUGCCUGAGACAACCAGACUCCUUCAAUGAGAGUUAUGGAUGGAAACUGAAGCUGAAGAGCAAGAUGUGCAACUACCGCACUCAGCUGAGGUCACAUGGACUUUCGUCUGAGCUGAUGGUGAACACACUAAAAUCCAAAUCACGAGAAGAUGCUGCUCCCUUUCCAGCAAAGAAUGUGAAAAAGGCAAGAAGAGGUGAGACCAAUUACUAUCCUCAGCCCAGUGGAGACAGUCCAGAAAACCUUGAGCAAGAAAGAGUGUCUCUUCUGACCGAAAUAAAGAUAAGAAACAAUGAGAGAACCGUACGGGAGAAGAUGGCCAGGACUUUUCAGUUCAGGAGGCAAGAGAUUGUGGAUCAGAAGCCAACCAUCGAGAACCUCAUGGAAAGAUGGCCAGCUUUAUUUCAGAUGGAAGAGGUUGAUGCAGAGUUUCUGCGGGUUACUGCAGUUCCCCUCCUGACCAGAUUUAUGGCGCACCUGGACAAGCACUCCCCACAGCUGCUGAAGAUCUUCAGAAAGAAAGGAGGGACCACUAAAGCAAAGACUGCCACGAUCCUGGAGUUUCUUGACCAGGGUGCUGAUGCAGAUAUCAGAAGGGAGUGUAUCCUCAAAGCCCUCAUCAUCUACCUGGGAGAACGUGUUGAGGACCUAAUAAAGGAAUACAUGGUCUCCCAGAAAGAUCAAGCCGAGCAGGAGCUGGAGAGGACCACCAUGGCAGUCUUCGUCUUCAGAGAGAAUUCAAGCCUUCUACAGCAGCCCCAAGACGUUGGGAUUGUCAUUGAUGGUGUGGAAGUCCUCAAUGAGUUGCCUUCUAUUGCAGCUGGGGUGGUAAUGCUCUUUGGACUUUGCUAUGCUCUUAACAUAGAGUAUCCACAGGGUUUCAGGUUCACUUUUGAGGCCCUUCAGAAGAUCCUAAUGGAGCUUGGUUCCAACAAGAUGACUUCCAAGAUUCGCAAACUCAGUAGUGAACUCAAAACUGCGCAGUAGUGCACAUUUGUGUGUGCUUAGUGUGUGCAUGUAGUUGCCACUGGCUUCUAUUGCUGAGUUAGACCACCUCAGCAGGACUUUGAUAUACAGGCUCACAGGGAAACUUAAAUUGAGUGCUUUAGUUGGAAUUUUGGUUCUUUUCAAUAUGAUGUUAAGUAAGAUGACACUCCUUCCAAGAAAUUAGCAAAUAUGUCAUUCAAAGUUAAGCUGUGUAUGUAAAGUACACAACAAUGAGAACACUCCUUUUCAAAAUCAACAUUUUGAACAACAUAUCAAUGAGCACACACGUUAUUUCCAAAAUGUGUAGAGGUAAAAAAAAUUCUGAGCUUACAACAGAAAAGUAAGGUUAAUACAUCAACACAACUUAACAAGAUGAGGAGUCAGAUGGGAGCUCAACAGAUGUUCCAUAAAACUUACUCCAUACACAUUUUUGGAAAUAACUUGUGCACUCACUUAAAUAUUGUCAAUUUUACUAUUCAACAGGUGUGUACAUUAUCGCUGUGCAUGGUACAUUGAUAUAGCCCGUAGUUUCCGCCGGCUUCUAUUAAAGAGACCAAUGUCCGUGCAUAGUUGCAUAGUGUUGAUUGCAAAGGGUUUUUGUUGUGGAGUGCUGUCGCCAUUUAAUGUUGUGCUCUGAGUUCAGAGUAUUAAGUAUUUUCUGAUUGUUAGAGAGGCAACACUCCUUAAGCAAUAAAUACCUAAUUUCAUUAAAGUUCAGAUCAGAUAAGCUUGUGGCCCAUUAAUGUGCUUUCCAUCUUUUUAAUUGUGCUUGGUAAGCCAUCUGUUGUCCUUUAUGUCAUUGCUCUGAUGUGGAGCAACAAUGACCUGUUUGUUUAUCUAAACAUGCUGCCACUUUUUUUUUCUUCUCCUUUUUUACAUGUGAGCAACAAAUGACUUUUGAAAAAACUGUUGCUCGAGUGUGCUAGGUGUAAUGUGAGUGAUGCAAAUUGUUUUUGAUUCAAAUUAAACGAAAUAUAAAAAAUGA